UACAGAGAGUUUUCUGAACAUCACAACUACAACACGCAGUCGCAGACGAGACGAGACGAUUUUUCUUCUGUUUUUUUUUUUCUCGAAAUCUGACAAAAGAAGAUCAUACAUAACAUAGCCUUCACUAAUGGUGGCUCUCUGCUCGAGUGAUUCUCUCUGACAAAUCCUCUCUCUCUCUCUCUUUUUAUUGUCAACGCCUCAAAGCCAGACAACAAGAGAGUUCGUUGCGCAGUGAAGCUUUCGUCAUCAAUCUCAUAAAAGACCCCCCUCUCCUUACACGCAACCCUCUCUCCACAAUCCAAAUCUCCCAACUUGCUUCCUUAACGGAGCUUAUUACUUUUCCCCGCAUCUUUGCGCGUGUCCCAUUCUCUUCUCCAUAGUUCCCUACAACUGAAAAGCUCAAAUGGAGGUCAUCAAGUUAUGGAACGACAAGCGUGAGAGAGAAAUGUACGAGAACUUCUCCGAGCUCUACGCUAUCAUCAAAGCCACCGAGAAGCUCGAAAAGGCUUACAUUCGCGACCUCAUCUCCCCAUCCGACUACGAAACCGAGUGUCAAAAACUCAUCGUUCACUUCAAAACCCUCUCAGCAACGCUUAAAGACUUGGUUCCAAACAUCGAGAGGUUCGCCGAAACUUACAAAAUGGACUGCUCCGCUGCUGUGUACCGCCUCGUGACCUCCGGUGGUGUCCCGGCCACCGUGGAGCAUCGUGCCGCUGCGGUGGCGUCUACUUCGAGCUCUGCUUCCGUUGUUGCUGAGUGUGUUCAGAAUUUUAUUACUUGUAUGGAUUCUUUGAAGCUUAAUAUGGUGGCUGUUGACCAGGUGUUUCCCUUGUUGUCUGAUCUCUCGGCUUCGCUGAAUAAGCUGAGUAUUUUGGGGGCGGAUUUUGAAGGGAAGGUUAAGAUGAAAGAGUGGCUUUUGAGGUUGUCUAAGAUGGGAGCUUCUGAUGAGCUCACUGAGCAGCAGGCUAGGCAGCUUCAUUUUGAUCUUGAGUCAUCAUACAACUCGUUUAUGGCUGCUUUGCCUAAUGCUGGUAACUGA